AUGGCCGACAUCGAGAGACCAAGCAGGGAUGGCUUGAUAGACUUCAUAGUUCCCGUACAGGUUGCUAUCUACGUUAUUUGCGUGCUGCUGCGAUACGUCGGCUAUUCGCCCACUGCACUCUUUGCUACCCUCGUUGCGACGGGUUUUGCUCUUUUCUAUAGACAAGUCAAAUCCGCGUAUCUCAAUAACAGCUUGAACUAUAUCAUCGGCUCUCAGGGUACGUUGAAUUGGGAUGGCCAAGUUGUUUUCAUUACCGGCGGCUCCAACGGCUUAGGGAAGGCUCUCGUCAAGGAUCUGCUUUUGAUGCGCCCAAAGCGCAUCAUCAACGUUGAUAUUGCAGAUAAUGACAUCACUCACGAUACUCUUCAAACAAUCAAGUGUGAUAUUACCAACAGUGAGCAGCUUCAACGUGUAUGCGGCGAGGUCAUCAAAGAGCACGGUACACCUAAUAUUGUCGUACUUAAUGCUGGUGCAUUCGACGCAAAGUCCUUGACAGAAAGCACAACGGCCGACUUCAGAAACACACUCGAUGUCAACUUUACAAGCCACUUGGAAAUCUUGAAUGCUUUCUUACCUGGUUUCAUAGAGCGUAACAGAGGUCACAUUGUCAGUAUUGGCUCGAUUCUUGGUGAACUUCACGCAGCACACGCUGCAACUUACUGUGCGACCAAAGCAGCUGUCAUUUCAUUAUUCCAAUGUCUUAGAGUUGACUUGAAGCAUUUGCACAAGGCACCAGACGUUAAGACGACACUCGUAUUCCCAGGACUGAUUGAAACGAGACUGUUCGGUAAUGUCAAAUACAGCCAGUCAUCAAGAUUACCUGCUUGGAUUUCCGAUGCGGUGAUGCCCUCCGUCAAUCCGACCAACCUGGCUCAAAGAAUUGUUGGCGAUCUGAAUAUGAGACGCACAGGCGACAUACGCUCACCUUACUUUGUUCACUUGGCUAGCUGGUACAACCAUCUGCCGCCGUUCGUGAUGAAUGCACUUGAAUACGUGGGUAUCUCUUUCAUGUUGAACAAUACAAAAGAAAGCUAA